CUGAGAACGGCUGGAGGGAGAGUGCACGGUGGAGGCGGGCUGAGCACCUCGCCCGGAUUUCAGGAGGCCCCGCGCACCCCGCCUGGCCUGGGACAACCACCUGCGGCGGUAGCCUCGGGCGCGUUCCCCGAACGAGGCCCACGGGCCUGCGGCGCCCAGACGCCUCCGGACGCGGCCCCGCCUCCCACCGCUCCUGCGCCAGGGGACGCCGGAGCCCCGCGGGCCCGCGAGGCGCGCUCCGCCGCCCGGACUGGACCGCGCUCGGGCGCGAACGGCAGCUUCCCAGCCCGAGGUGCAGACGGUGCGGCGCGCAGCCGGGAUGGCGACGGUGAGCGUGGAGCCCGCGGGCCGCUGCGCCUGGGACGAGCCCGUGCGCAUCUCCGUGCGCGGCCUGGCCCCGGGACAGCCCGUCACGCUGCGCGCGUCCCUGCGCGACGAGAGGGGCGCGCUCUUCCGGGCCCACGCGCGCUACCGGGCGGACGACCGCGGCCUCCUGGACCUGGCGCGCGCGCCCGCGCUGGGCGGCAGCUUCGUGGGGCUCGAGCCCAUGGGGCUGCUCUGGGCCCUGGAGCCCGAGACGCCUUUUUGGCGGUUCGUGAAGCGGGACGUGCAGACGCCCUUCGCCGUGGAGCUGGAGGUGCUGGACGGCCACGAGCCCGACGCCGGGCGGCUCCUGGGCCGGGCGCUGCACGAGCGCCACUUCCUGCGGCCCGGGGUGCGGCGGGUGCCCGUGCGCGCGGGCCGGGUGCGGGGCACGCUCUUCCUGCCCCCAGGACCUGGACCUUUCCCGGGAAUCAUUGAUAUCUUUGGAAUUGGAGGGGGCCUGGUGGAGUAUCGGGCCAGCCUUUUGGCUGGUCAUGGCUUUGCCACCUUGGCUCUAGCUUAUUAUAACUUUGAAGAUCUCCCCAAGGAAAUUGACAGCGUAGACCUGGACUACUUUGAAGAAGCCCUAUGCUACAUGCUUCAACACUCUGAGGUAAAGGGCCCAGGCAUUGGGCUCCUGGGCAUUUCUUUAGGGGCUGAUAUUUGUCUUUCCAUGGCCUCAUUUUUGAAGAACAUCUCAGCCACAGUUUCCAUCAAUGGAUCAGGGUUCAGUGGAAACAAAGGCAUACGCUACAGGCAGACUUUCAUCCCACCAUUGGGCCAUGAUUUGAGGAGGAUCAAGGUAGCUUUUUCAGGCAUCCUGGACAUUGUGGAUAUACGGAAUGAUGUUGUAGGAGGGCAUGAGAACCCCAGCAUGAUUCCAAUGGAGAAGGCCCAGGGGCCCAUCCUCUUCAUUGUUGGUCAGGAUGACCAUAACUGGAGAAGUGAGUUAUAUGCCCAAAUAGCCUCUGAGCGGUUACAGGCCCAUGGAAAGAAAAAACCUCAGAUCAUCUCUUAUCCUGGGACUGGGCAUUUUAUCGAGCCUCCUUACUUUCCUUUAUGCCCAGCUUCCAUUCAGAAAUUACUGAACAAACCUGUAAUCUGGGGUGGGGAGCCAAGGGCUCAUUCUAAGGCCCAGGAAGAUGCUUGGAAACAAAUUCUGACCUUUUUCUGCGAACAUCUUGGAGGUACCCAGAAUAUAGCUCCCCCCAAAUUGUAAUAGAGUGGUCUAUUGUUGACAUGGGAAUUCAAGGUCUGGGACACCUGGGUGGUGCAGUGGUUGAGUGCCUGCCAACUCAGGUUGUGAUCCCGGGGUCCUGGGUUUGAGUGCCGCAUCGGGCUCCCUGCAAGGAGCCUGCUUCUCCCUCUGCCUGUGUCUCUGCCUCUCUCUGUGUGUGUCUCAUGAGUAAAUAAAUAAAAUCUUUAAAAAAGAGAGAGAGAGAAAUUCAAGAUCAUAUUCUGGUGUUUUAAUAAUUGUAUGUGAAUCAGUUGCCCCCCUGGUAACAUUAAAUUCAUGUCAUGAGUAUUAAUGAUAUAUUUUAGACAACAUUUUUAAGGGACGCUGGGGUGGCUCACUGGUUAAGCAUCUGCCUUCAGCUCAGGUCGUGAUCCUGGAGUCCUGGGAUCAAGUCCCACAUCAGGCUCCCUGCAUGGAGCCUGCUUCUCCGUCUGCCUAUGCCUCUGCCUCUCUCUCUCUCUCUGUGUCUUUCAUGAAUAAAUAAAUAAAAUCUUUUAAAAAAUAGGUAACAUUUUUAAUACAUUAUUUUUCCAUUAAUUUUACUAAUGUAACAUACCAAUUUUAGAAGAUUUAGGGCAGCCUGGGUGGCUCAGCGGUUUAGCUCCACCUUCAGCCCAGGGUGUGAUCCUGGAGACCGGGCAUCGAGUCCCACGUCAGGCUCCCUGUAUGGAGCCUGCUUCUCCCUCUGACUGUGUCUCUGUGCCUCUCUCUCUCUCUCUCUCUCUCUCUGUGUGUCUCUCAUGAAUGGAUAAAUAAAAUCUUUUUUUUUAAAGAAGAUUCAUUUAGAGGUAUACAACACAAAAAGUAAAAGCAUCUUAAAAUUAGUGUUUUCUUCCAGAUUUUUUUUUACUUAAUACUUGAGCCAUAGACGAAAUUUAAAGUUGUAGAAAUUCUAGGUUACUUUUUUUUUUUAUCACUAUGGGAGAAUUGCCAUCCAAUGUUUACUACUGGUUCCAAUACUGGUAGCAGAGUAGAAUUUUCAUUGGUCGUAACUGUACAGAUAGAUGUUGAUAUAAGGAAACCAGACUGACCUUUUCCUCAUGGAGAUUAGAGAAGAAUCCUUUGGGAGGAGUUGGGGUAAAGAAAUAGUUUUUAUAUAAAUUUUUUACUUAUUUAGAGUAAAAGAGAGCAUGUACAAGUGGAGGCAGGGGCAAAGGGGAAGGGAGAGAGAGAUGCUCAAGCAGAUUGCACCCUGAGUAUCGAGCCCAAUGCAGGGCUUGAUCCUAUGACCCUGAGAUCGUGAUCUGAGCUGAACUCAAGAGUCAGGCCACUUAAACAACCAAGCCACCCAGGCACCAUUUAAAUAGCUAAAAGAACAUAAAAAGUAUAGAAUAAGGAGGAUAGAAAAAUAAUUUAAACUCAGAUCAGUAACUAUCUUAAAUAUAUAAGGACUGUACAUCCAGUAAAGGACAAAAUAUCAGGUUGAUUUUCCUAGUAUGUUUAAUUUUGUGUUCUAAAAAAUGGGUUUAGAUCAUACAGAGUAUUGAUUUCCUGUCAGAGAAUAAUAGAUGGACACCUUAAUCUCAAAUGACAGUAGGUACAUGUACAGGGUAUAAAGUAAAUGUAUAAGAUAAACAUGUUAAACCUUGUUUUAAGAAAUUGUCAUCAAUGAAUCAUGAAAUAAAAUCUCACUGAAAAUUAAAGUCAAUUUAACCAA